AACCAUAUAGCUGCUCUGAGUGUGGGAAAAGAUUUUCUUGGUCAGGUCAUCUGAAGGCACACAUGAGAUUUCAUACAGGAGAAAGACCAUUUAGCUGCUCUGAGUGUGGGAAAACAUUUUCUCAGUCGAGUGCUCUGAAGGCACACAUGAUAACUCACACAGGAGAAAAACCACAUAGCUGUUCUGAGUGUGGGAAAAGAUUUUCUCUGUCAAAUAAUCUGAAGAUACACAUGAAAACUCAUACAGGAGAAAAACCGUUUAGCUGUUCCGAGUGUGGGAAAAGAUUUUCUCGAACAGGUCAACUGAAGACACACAUGAGAUUUCAUACAGGAGAAAAACCAUUUACCUGCUCUGAGUGCGGUAAAAGAUUUUCUCAGUCAGGUGCUCUGAAAACACACAUGAGAUUUCAUACAGGAGAAAAACCAUUUAGCUGCUCUGAGUGUGGUAAAAGAUUUUCUCAGUCAGGUGCUCUGAAGGCACACAUGAGAUAUCAUACAGGAGAAAAACCAUUUAGCUGCUCUGAGUGUGGGAAAAGAUUUUAUCAGUCAUGGUGUCUGAAGACACACAUGAGAGUUCAUACAGGAGAAAAACCAUUUAGCUGCUCUGAGUGUGGGAAAAGGUUUUCUUUGGCAGGUCAUCUGAAGACACACAUGAGAUCUCAUGCUGGAGAAAAACCAUUUAGCUGCUCUGAGUGUGGUAAAAAAUUUUCAGAGUCUGGUACUCUGAAGGUACACAUGAGAACUCAUGCUGGAGAACGACCAUUUAGCUGCUCUGAGUGUGGGAAAAGAUUUACUCGGUCAGGUGAUCUGAAGGCACACAUGAGAACUCAUUCAGGAGAAAAACCAUUUACCUGCUCUGUGUGUGGGAAAAGAUUUUCUCAAACAGGAUAUCUGAAAAGACACAUGACAACUCAUACAGGAGAAAAACCAUUUACCUGCUCUGAAUGUGGGAAAGGAUUUUCUCGAACAGGUCAUCUGAAGAGACACGUGACAACUCAUACAGGAGUAAUACCAUAUAGCUGCUCUGAGAUUUCCUCAAACAGGCCUUUCAAGCUGCUCUUUCUGCUGCUGCUGCUGCUGCUGCUGCUGCUGUCUGGCUGUGCUUCCAUACGUGGGGCUUUAUGGGAGUUGCCUGGCACUGCCUCUGCUCCCUCAGGUGUGGUCCUGCUGCUCAGUAACGCCUCCAUCUUCUCCACCUCUCGGGAACCAGCCAGGAACUCAGAUCCAGAUACACAUUUACAACCUGAGACUGAUGACAGUGAUGAUGAUUGGACAGAGACCAGAGAACCUCAGUCAGGUUUAAACUCUCUUAGAAAUGAUGAAGACACCGUCAGUGACUUGAAAUGUAGUGCUGAUGAGAAACAAUUUACCUGCUCUGAGUGUGGGAAAAGAUUUUCUCAAGUAAGUUAUCUGAAGGCACACAUGAGAACUCACACAGGAGAAAAACCAUAUAGCUGCUCUGAGUGUGGGAAAAGAUUUUGUAGAAGUGGAGUUCUGAAAACACACAUGAGAACUCACACAGGAGAAAAACCAUAUAGCUGCUCUGAGUGUGGGAAAAGAUUUUCUUGGUCAGGUCUUCUGAAAGUACACAUGACAUCUCAUACAGGAGAAAAACCAUAUAGCUGCUCUGAGUGUGGGAAAAGAUUUUCUUGGUCAGGUCAUCUGAAAGUACACAUGACAUCUCAUACAGGAGAAAGACCAUUUAGCUGCUCUGAGUGUGGGAAAAGAUUUUCUCAAACAGGUCAUCUGAAGACACACAUGAUAACUCACACAGGAGAAAAACCAUAUAGCUGCUCUGAGUGUGGGAAAAGAUUUUCUUGGUCAGGUCAUCUGAAGGUACACAUGACAUCUCAUACAAGAGAAAGACCAUUUAGCUGCUCUGAGUGUGGGAAAAGAUUUUGUAGAAGUGGAGUUCUGAAAACACACAUGAGAAUUCACACAGGAGAAAAACCAUAUAGCUGUUCUGAGUGCGGGAAAAGAUUUUCUUGGUCAGGUCAUCUGAAGGUACACAUGACAUCUCAUACAGGAGAAAGACCAUUUAGCUGCUCCGAGUGUGGGAAAAGAUUUUCUCAGUCGAGUGCUCUGAAGGCACACAUGAGAUCUCACACAGGAGAAAAACCAUAUAACUGCUCUGAGUGUGGGAAAAGGUUUUCUCAGUCGAGUGCUCUGAAAACACACAUGAGAACUCACACAGGAGAAAAACCAUAUAGUUGUUCUGAAUGUGGGAAAAGAUUUUCAGAGGCAGGUACUCUGAAGGCACACAUGAGAACCCAUACAGGAGAAAGACCAUUUAGCUGCUCUGAAUGUGGGAAAGGAUUUUCUCAAACAGGUCAUCUGAAGACACACAUGAUAACUCAUACAGGAGAAAAACCAUUUACCUGCUCUCAGUGUGGGAAAGGAUUUUUUUCGUCAGGUGAUCUGAAAAGACACAUGAUAACUCAUACAGGAGAAAAACCAUUUACCUGCUCUGAGUGUGGGAAAGGAUUUUCUCAAACAGGUCAUCUGAAGAGACACAUGACAACUCAUACAGGAGUAAAACCAUAUAGCUGUUCUGAUUGUGGGAAAAAGAUGGAAACAGAAUCAGAUGGAGAGGACUGUGGAGGACCAGAACCAGCCAGGAACUCAGAUCCAGACACAUAUUUACAACCUGAGACUGAUGACAAGACUGGAGAGUCUUCUGAAUCUGAGACUGAUGAUAGUGACGAUGAUUGGAAAGAGACCAGUUAAUCUCAGUCAUGUUUUUGCUGUGAACUUGUAGCUUCCUGUCAGUUGUUAGCAGUUAGCAGAAGGUUAAACUGUUACUGCGGCGCCUUUUAAAUGUCAGUAUUUUUUCACUGUAAGCUGAUAACAAAUUUAUGCCUCUCCAGUUCAUGUAUUUAUACUAUUUGCCAGUCGCAUUGGAGCUCCAUGGUCACAAAACUGCGAGUCACAGUUUGGAUCUCUCCUGGUCACACUGUCGUUUAGCUCAUUAAGUUCAACUCUUACAGCUGCGCUGCUAAACAUGGAUGAUUUAUUCAUAACGAUAGCAGAGUACGAGGAGGAACUUUGUCGAUCAAAAGAGGAGAAUGAGCGUCAGCAGAAACUACUGGACGCUGUUUUCAACCCUCAGCUUCGGUUACACAGAGCAGGUUUGUUCAUUAAACAUUACAAGUUCAUUAUUAAUAAUAUAACUACAGCUUUGUUCAAUAAAUAUUCAGUCUGUUGACGUUUAAAAGCCAUGUUAGCUUCUCUGGUGCCGUUAGCAUCUCUGGUGUCCUUAGCUUCUCUGGUGCCGUUAGCUAUUUCUACUUCUGGCUGUCAUGUUUUUUUUUCUUUGGAUAUGAAUAGGACAAACAUGCUCUUUAACAAUUUAGCAGGAUUUCUUAACUCAUAAGGGACACAAGUAACGUGUUUACUUCCUGUAAAUAAAGCAGUAAAUCUGA